GCACGCCUGCCGUCGCCACUAUAUUACGAUCCGCUACCGAGUGCACUGUGUGUUGGUUUUUCCCAAAUUUAAUACCAGAUAAUACCAGACGUAAUUUUAAGUAAUCGGAUUAUACUUGGUGAUCAUGAAGCGAACGCUGUUCAUCAUCCUGGUCGUCUGCACGCUGUCCGCGAUGGCGGCGGUGCCCAAACUAAGGAGGGCUAUUGAUCCAGAUGAAGAGGAAAAUAAAACAUCCAGUUCCUCAAGCCCCACGAAGAUCUGUGCGCCGCAGACGCCCUGCGGAUGGUCGGUCUACCACCCGCACUCGAGAAUCAUCACCACGAACAUUACUAAUACUUAUUGUACAUGUGCGCCAGGAACAAGUUGUGAAUCGGCCGAAGACGACCUGGCCGCCAGCACGUAUGUGCUGCUCUGCAAGAAGACUCCUGAGAGCUAGCGAUCACUGCUGUACGAGGCAGCUUCGCCUGCUGACGUCGCUUAUUCACAGAAAACAUAUCACAAAUAGCUAGAGGGAGACCUAGAGCGAGGACGUCUCAUACAAUUGGAAUCUAUCAUUCAUUCUCAAUUUAAAGUUUGAAGCUUCGGGCAGACAGAGGCGAAUUCCGCGCAAAUUGUGCAUAUCAUGCGACUGCGCCAUUUCUCUAGACAGUUUACUGUGACUUGUCCCUUGCCACAAUUGUAAACAAAACAAUGGUGCCAACAUGACGGCAAGGGACAAGCUAUAGUGAACACUGGACAGUCAGUACGUGGUCUGUACUCUGUACCUAAUUUUUAUUCUUACUGCGCUACUCCAAGUCCUUGCAAGUCCACAUACACUCCCAUGCGGAAUUCGCCACAGUUUUACUGAAGCUUUAGAGAGCAAGCGCACACCGCAAAAUUUCAUCGCGAGAUGAUUCCCGCACAAUUCUGUGACAGAAAAAUUGUAUGGAGCCGUUUGCGCGUAUUUUUUUCUCGAGUGCGUGCGGUUUCAUACAAGAAUCUAUUACGUCAAAGAAUUUUGCGAGAAUAAUAGCGCCGUGCAAAUUCGCAGUGCGUGUUUGCCCUUUCCUUAUAAGAGAAGUAAAUAAGCAUGAAUAUAUUUUGCAGUACGCCCGAGAACAGAAUAUCAAUAAUAAUCAGUUCUUGCUGUUAUGUUUAGGUACG